AUGAGUAAACAACAACAGUUUACAAGACUUCCAACCGAGAGCGAUUCGUCUUUCUCCCAAACACCUGCUAUACCAAUGCAAGUCAUCACACCUCAAGCUCAAGUUCCUAGAUUGAAUAUAAACGCUAGUGUCGAUGCGCAGCCUCACGUUGUUCAUUUCACUUCGUUAUCUCCAAUUCAUAGAAGCUCGAUUUCUGGUGUUGUCUCGGAAGAAGAAUGGCCCCUAACUGAAAUUCCGCAAGAAUUAAGAGAAGCCAGUGGUACCUAUGAUUCAUCCUCCGCGAAUAAUACUGAAGCAAAUUCAAUGCGUACAGAUUGGAAAAGAAGUUUAUUUUUAUUAUUGGAAGAUCCUUCUUCGAGCAAAGCCGCGUUUACGGUCAACGUGUUUGUCUCCUUUUCAAUCAUAUUAAGCGCUGUGUUGACCACUAUUGAGACAAUACCUUCAUUUAGGUCGACUUCUAGUUCCGUUUGGUUUAAUUAUGAAACCACUGUAGUCUUUAUAUUUACUAUUGAAUAUAUAUUACGAUUAAUAGCACAUUCUGAUUCACUUAAACAGCUAUGGAAAUUUAUAAAAGCUCCCCUUGCUGUUAUAGAUUUCAUUGCAAUUGCCCCGUAUUACAUAGAAUUGGCUUUUCAUCAUGACACGGCAUUCAAAUACUCUUCAACGAUUAUAAUGACCAUUGAAGUAAUGAUUGUUGCAGUCAAAAGAAGCAUGGACGCUCUAGGUGCAUUAUUCUUCUUUAUGGUAACGAGUAUCGUGCUAUUUUCUACUUUGUUAUAUUUCGCCGAACGUGGUACAUGGGACCAGGAAAAGCAACAAUUUGUUAAUAGUAAAGGAUUGCCGAGCACCUUUGAUAGUAUUCCCUCAGCAUUUUGGUUUGUCAUGGUAACUAUAACCACUACUGGUUAUGGUGAUAUGGUUCCCACAACAUUUGUUGGAAAAGUGAUAGCUUUCCCCGCGAUGAUGUGUGGCAUCCUGCUCAUAGCGUUACCAUCCAUAAUUGUUGGAAAAAAUUUUACUUUAGUAUGGGAAGCAAUGCGGCAAUACCGUCGUUCUAAUGCCAAUGCACGAGAUCAAACUGGUAAUAUUGGUACAAAUAAUGAAGGUGAAUAUACAGGAGGUCCGGAUUUGCGGACUAGCUUUGAAAGUACACACUCUUAUAUAUCAAAUAUGCCUCGUGGUUAUGAUUCUAUGAAUGACGAGCUGGUUGCUAACCAAGAUGCGUUACUUGAACAAGUGCGAACUUUAUUAAAAAUUUCUCAACAAAAUCAAGUUGCACUUGAAAGAAUCCAACAGACAUUAGAACAAAAUGGUAUGAAGGUCAAUCCAGAAAAAAAUAGUCCUAAAAUUACUAUACCUGAGAAGGGUACUACAUCAGGAACCUCUUGA